GCUGCUGAUGUCGGGGAGGGGAGUGGGAUCGCCGAGAGGUUGAAGAAGUGAACUCCCGUGAUUCUUAAGCCGCUGGGAACCAAGUUAAAGAAUAAAGCCAACUACAUCCCGCUCCAGAACAUUGUUAUCUUAGAUGCGGCAUAGUCUCUGUAUUUGCAAAUGGCUUGCUGUCUGAAGGAUGAGCUCCUUUGUUCUAUUUGCCUGAGCAUCUACCAAGAUCCUGUUAGUUUUGGUUGUGAACACUACUUCUGCCGAAAGUGCAUCACUGAGCACUGGAGUAGACAAGAAACUCACGGGCCGCGGGACUGCCCUGAGUGCCGGAGGACCUUCACCGACCCCCUGCUCUCUCCGAGUCUCAAGUUGUCUAACAUUGUAGAGCGCUACUCGGCCUUUCCGCUGGACGCCAUCCUCAACGCACAAAGAAGCUCUUAUCCCUGCAAGGACCACGAGAAGGUCAAGCUCUUCUGCCUCAGCGACAAAAGCCUUGUGUGCUUCUUCUGUGACGAGCCAGCGCUACAUGAACAGCACCAAGUGACCACGAUUGACGAGGCUUACGAGGAGAUUCAGAGGGAGAUGAAGGAGCAGCUGGCUACUCUGCAAGACAGUGAGAAGGGACACACCGAGGCCCUACAGCUGCUGCAGAGACAACUCACCGAGACCAAGUCCUCAGCUAAGAGUCUGCGUGCGACCAUAGGUGACGCAUUUGAGCGCCUUCAUCGGUUCCUGCGUGAGCGCCAGAAAAGCAUGCUGGAGGAGCUGGAGAUGGACACGGCGCGCAAGCUGUCCGACAUCGAGCACAAGAUCCAGCGUUACAGUCAGCAGCUGCGCGACGUCAAGGAGGGCAUCCAGAUCCUGCAAGAGCGUCUCAACGAGACUGGGCGCCACGACUUCCUGGAGGGGGUGGCCCUCACUUCCGAGAGGAUAAAGGGGAAGAUACAUGAGACCAAUCUGACAUAUGAAGAUUUUCCUACGUCCAAGUACAUGGGGCCCUUACAGUACACAAUAUGGAAGUCCCUGUUCCAGGAUAUAUCCCCAGUGCCAGCGGCUCUGACCCUUGAUCCCAUCACAGCCCACCAGAGACUCAUCCUGUCAGACGACUGCACCAUCGUGGCGUACGGGAACCUACACCCCCAGCCCCUCCAGGACUCCCCGCGGCGCUUCGACGUGGAGGUGUCGGUCCUGGGAGCCGAGGGCUUUUGCUCAGGCGUGCACUACUGGGAGGUGAUGGUGUCCGAGAAGACUCAGUGGAUGAUUGGCGUGGCCAACGAGACGGUGAGCCGCAAAGGCAGCAUCCAGAUCCAGCCCAGCCGCGGCUUCUACUGCAUCGUCAUGCAUGAUGGCAACCAGUACAGCGCCUGCACCGAGCCCUGGACCCGCCUCAAUGUCAAGAGCAAGCUGGAGAAGGUGGGGGUGUACCUGGACUACCCCAAGGGUCUGCUGGUCUUCUACAAUGCAGAUGACAUGUCCUGGCUCUACACCUACCGAGAGAAGUUCCCCGCCAAGCUGUACCCUUACUUCAGCCCCGGCCAGAGCCACGCCAAUGGCAAAAACGUGCAGCCGCUAAGAAUCAACACUGUACGCCUAUAAGAGCCGAAUGUGUGGCGAUGCGCACACACACACACACACACACACACACACACACACACACACACACACACACACACACACACAUCUGUGGUUGUGAUCAUUCUUCCUCCUCCUGAAGGACGUCCCUGUCAGAGAUCAAUCCACAGGACUACUAGUUUAAAAAGUUUAAGAAAAAUUAAGAAAUAUUGAGCAGGGUGUUGUAAUUGUUCAUUUCAAUCAGUUUGGUGUUUAGAAUUGUGUGCUGCCACUCCCAUUAUCAGCCCCCCCCCUUUUUUUUCGGUUUGUUUUUUCAGGCCCCUUGGAAUUGACUGUACAAUGUGUCAUCCACCCGAGCCUCAUUUGGCUCCGUCUAAUUAAAAAGCUGAUAAGACUAAUGGAGAGAAGGCGACCCCUGGGCUCCCUUUGGGUCUGUGUCAUAUAUAUAACCAUGAAAAGGAUUGCCCUGUCUUUAGUGAUUGUUUCAGGCCCACCUUGCACAGUCCCAGGGGCACUGCUCUCCUUAUCAGGCUUGUCAGACACAUUGGCUCCACUCUGUUGCAGCAAGGCGACGCUGAGGACUGGCCACUUAUCUUCUCUGUGCUGUGCUCCGUGCUGUGCUGUGCUGUUCUUGGCUUGGCCCGUGUUUGCCGAACAUGUCGGACAGCACUCUCGGCCGCCAUUGCUCCCUCUCAAAGUUUCAGCAGAUCAGACCGAGCUUGUCAAGUCUGUUGAUGCACUUCACCUCUGUGCGCGCGUGUGUGUGUGUGUGCGUGUGUGUGUGCGGUGACACCCUUUACUAUGGAACCCCCCAAGUGGUCACAUCAUAUUUUUUUCUAGUUUGUGCGCUCGUUUUACUAAAUCGCUUGUCCUUGGAGUUCAGUAAUGUUGGAAAUAUAUUCACAGAUUCAA